CACCACGGUGCACAUGUGAGGAUAAUUUCGACACGUUUCGACACAUAGAUUCCAAGUACCUAUUAAUUAAAUUGUCAACGCUUAGAAAACCUUUCAAUUUAAAAACUGGAUCUUGAUAGGUGGAUAUGAAGCCAGUGAAUAAGUGGGAAUGUCCCAAGUGCUCGAAAACGCUGGCAACAAAGGCGAUCCUUACCACUCAUCUCGCCACGCACGAUCCCGAUGCGAAAGUGAAAUGUCAGAUUUGCGGGAAAAUUUCAAAAACUCCAGCCAGCUUAGCCGCUCACAUGUGGAGCGUUCACUCCGACCGGGAACGUCCUAGGUGUGCCACAUGUGAUCAGGUAUUUUCCAGCGUUAGAGCCAUGCGUGCCCAUACUGAGAUCGCCCACAGGAAGAAGGAGCGACCCCGCUUUCCAUGCACGUUUCCCGGCUGUGAGAAAUCUUAUUUGUACAAAGGCCACGUGGUGAAGCACGUGCAAACUAAGCAUGCCGAAAAUCCGGUUCGAUUUCCGUGCACACUCUGUGGAAAAGAAUUUAAAACGAGGACUGAACUUGUGCCACAAAUUUCCACCCACACGACGGAGAAGCCACACAAUUGUGCCACUUGUGGGAAGGGGUUCGCCCGAAUGGGAGACAUGAAAGUACACGCGGAGACCCAUUUGGAAAAAUCCACGCGAGACGUGUUACAGUGCCACGUCUGUUGUCGGACCUUCUUAAGUAGACACGGUCUACAAAAUCACAUCCAAGUCCAACAUGGAAAUCAGAGGAAGUUUCCGUGCCACUUAUGCGGCACAAUAUUAUCCACCUCAUCAAGCUUAAAGCGUCACAUCGAGGCGAAACAUGCGGCGAAUAGAGAGCUACCCCAUUCCUGCGACAAGUGCGAGUACAGGAGUUACUCGAAAGUCAAUUUAGCUAACCACGUGAAAAGUCACGAUGUCGCGAAUUGGAGAGAGUGCUAUUUUUGCAAGAAGAAGUAUGUCACCUUCCCAGGCUUGGUUAAACAUUGUAGCCGAGUUCAUUGUCUCGAGAAGUAAAAUAGUAAAUAUUUACAUAUAUACAUAAAUGUGGUGCAUUCUGUUUAGUACUUUAUGUUUGAUAUAUUGUAAAGGGUAUAGAUUUAAUUCGCCCCGAUCUCUCCUCUCAAUAUUUGAAAACUUGCACCUCAAAAACCGUGAAAGUUUCGAUGUCAAUUUUUUUAUCAGAUACAUAUGUAUGCUUUGCUAAAUAAUUAGUCAUUCGACAAUUUAUUUUAAUCUUGUCUUUAACUCUGUUCUUUUGACUUUGUGCUAAUUUUCAAAAAAUUGUAUCGGGUUCUAAAAAAAUCGGAAAGAAUUAAAUCAAUCACCCAUUAGUUUAUAAUUUGCAUGUGGUGGCCAUGUAUGUAAAAUGUGUCUUCCUACUUAUGUAUUUAGGGUUGAUUAAGGUUUUAUAUAUUUUUUGAUAUGGUAUUUUUUAUUAUUAUUAUAAGAGGUUUUCUUGUCACCUUGUUUGCCAAAGAGACGUGCAGAUCUUUGUAUUAGAACUUCAAAAAGUUUAUAAAUUUGUAAAUCAAUACAUAUGUAUGUACAGACUAAAAUAUGGAGGAUUAUGACUCCAGAAAAUUUCCUCCCGAAACAUUCUGAUUUCCAUGCAUGUAUCUUUUCAUAUGUCCUAUUUUUUCAAAUCUGAGACAAUUUUUAACCAGAAAACUUGCAGUGUUUCACACAUGCAUAAC